UUUUGGCCAAAGCAAGCCGACUAGAGAGGGUCCUGGCUAGGAGGGCGUGGUUAGAAGCCAACAAGCUCUUGACAGUUAAGCCCGGGCAGAGGGAAGAAGCAAAAGAGGGUCCACUUGUUGGAACACAUACUUAGUAACGAAGCGAGUGGGCAGAUGGCUGACCCUUUUCAAGAAUUUCCAGCCCAGCUAUUCUGGGCGGCAGGGCACUCCAGCUGCUUGGCUCUGACUCUGCUGGUGAGUACAUUGUUGCAGUCACCUAGGGUCCAAAGCCGGCACGGAAGACUGGGAGGGAGAAGAUGUCUGGCUAGGAGCCCUUCCUCCUUCAGCCCGGGCUCCUACGCGGGCUCUCACAGCCUCGUCCACCCACAAUCAGCUUCGUCCUGGGAUCACAGCUGUGCCUGGCAUAAUUUCGGUUGCCCUGCCGCGUUCAUUCGGUACCCACCCAGUCCAGCCAUUGGACCAUAGCUCCUGCCCCCUAGCCCUACCGCGCCAGACCACCACACUCAGUUCUUGACUCAGUUCCCUUAAUCAAUCCCCUCUCCUCCAAGACUGGGCAGGAAUUCCAGGUCCUGGCACCCUCUCCAAACUUCCUGUACUGGUCCAACGAGAGCACCCUCUGGUUAAAGCAGAUGUCCUAAAGACUCCCACUGGUCUCCUUUUCCUUGUCUUUCCUGAGGCACCUUUCCUACUGCAAUCUCUACCCUCUGCCCGCUCCAGCCACCCUGCUCUCAUUGCCACGUCCCCUCGCUCUGCGCUCCCCUCUGGCGGGUAUGCUCCUUACACUCAGUCACGGCCAGAACCGAGGCUUCCCUCCCAAAUUUCAUUGAGGGACCAGAGGGUUGAGGGGGAAAGCCAAAUGUCAUUCAGCCCCAACCAAUGGGCGCGGGGAGCAAUUGAUGCCUCUACCCCAAAUCUGAGCCCUGGCGCCUCGCAUUCUGAUAGAGCCCCCGAUACUGUGGGCUGUUCUGGCCUCAGUCGCCGACCCUACGGCCUGAUUCCUGAAUUCGCACUGGGGGACGCGGACCGUUCCAGACUUUGCGAGUUGGUUCACUAUUUGAGCCAGCGCCGCCAGGUCCUCAUCCCACCAUAGGGCUGUAACUCGAGCCGCCCGCCGCCCACCCCCUUCCCACUCCGCCCCAGCUCUGCGAUCCAGGUCCCUACGUCGCGCGGCCCCUUGUGGCCCUAACCCGACUGCGAGUCUGCCAUGGGCUGCUGGGCCUGUCUCCGUCCGGAGGCGUUCGGCGCUGAACAGGGCCGCUGGUUGGGGGCUGUCCUGAGCGGGUUGUGCCUUCUUUCCGCGUUGGCGUUGCUGGAGUGGCAAGGGGUGCCGACAGUGACCGCCUGGAGUGCAGCUCAGGGAAAUGUAGAUGCGCCAAAUGUGGGCGGCUCCACUGCCCAGGUACCCAGCCUAUUGACCAUGCUGGUAACCCGAAGACGCCGCUACACGCUGACACCGGCCAGGCUGCGCUGGGACCACUUCAACCUCACAUACAGGAUUCUUUCCUUUCCCCGGAAUCUUUUAAGCCCGGAAGAGACGCGACGGGGCCUGGCUGCUGCCUUUCGAAUGUGGAGUGAUGUUUCCCCAUUUAGCUUCCGUGAGGUGGCCCCUGAACGUCCCAGUGACCUUAAGAUAGGUUUCUACCCAGUCAACCACACCGACUGCUUGGUCUCUGCUCUGCACCACUGCUUUGAUGGUCCCACAGGUGAACUGGCCCACGCUUUCUUCCCACCCCACGGUGGCAUUCACUUUGAUGACAGCGAGUACUGGGUCUUGGGCCCCACACGUUACAGCUGGAAGAAAGGUGUUUGGCUUACGGACCUGGUGCACGUGGCAGCCCAUGAGAUAGGCCAUGCACUGGGACUGAUGCACUCACAGCAAGAUCAGGCACUCAUGCACCUCAAUGCCACACUGAGAGGCUGGAAGGCACUGUCUCAGGAUGAACUGUGGGGAUUACACCGACUCUAUGGCUGCCUGGAUCGGAUUUUUGUGUGUGCAUCCUGGGCACGAAAGGGAUUUUGUGAUGUCCGCCAGAAGCUCAUGAAGAGGCUCUGCCCCAGAAGCUGCGACUUCUGUUAUGAAUUCCCAUUUCCCACGGUGGCCACCACCACAUCACCCACCAGAACGAAAACGAGGUUGGUGAGAGAGGGCAGGAACAUGACCUUCCACUGUGGGCAGAAGAUCCUACACAAGAAAGGCAAAGUAUACUGGUACAAGGACCAGGAACCCCUGGAGUUCUCCUACCCUGGCUACCUGGCCUUGGGUGAGGCACAGCUGAGCAUCAUUGCCAACGCAGUCAACGAAGGCACCUACACAUGUGUGGUACGCCAGCACCAGCGUGUUCUCACUACCUACUCCUGGAGGGUCCGAGUGAGGAGCUGAGCUUGCUCAAAGCCUCUAGCAGCAGAUAAAGCACUUUCUCUCUGA